GAUCUCUGCUUGAGAGGCGGUGUGGAUAUGCGGAACCACCUUUAGGUCCCCGUAGGUUCCAAAGACCUGUGAGACAACUGAUGAUGGGCGACAUAACCGCUAAUCGUUCCUGCGCACCAUGUCCACAACCUGAUCCUUACAACCCUAACAGGAUUAUUGGUCACGAAGACUGCCUAUGUCUUAAUAUCUUCGCCCCGACACUUCCUGGCGAGGAAAGAGGUUCACCUGUUGUUUUCUUCAUACAUGGAGGUAACUACCGUAGAGGAUCCACGUCUCCGUAUGGAGGUCAACAUCUCGCACAGAAAGAUACCAUAUUGGUGACAGCGCAGUACCGGUUGGGGUCGCUGGGUUAUUUUAGCUCUGCAGAGAGGGAUGCUUCAGGGAAUGCCGGACUCUUUGAUUUACGGGCUGUUAUGGCUUGGAUUGAAGACUACAUUCAGUUUUUUGGCGGCGAUACAUCCCGUAUCGUGGUGAUGGGGCAAGGUUCAGGUGGGAGCGCUGCUUCCCUCAUGGCGUUGUCAAGCGAAGGUAGAAGCGCGAAAGGAGUAGCUGCUUUGUCCGGUACUCCAUUAUCACCAGGAGCAGUGCGACAGGAUCCUGCUAAAUACGCGACAGAACUAGCCAAAAGGACUAAUUGCCCUGAAAAACCAGUUGAACGUUUAGUUAACUGCCUGAGAAAGAUGCCAGCAGAGAAAAUUGUUCAGGCGGAUUUGAACAUGGAUAUGGACAAUGUCGAUACUGUUAAAUUCUUAAAUGACAUCUCCCAACGUUCAGGAGCUGGAGCACGAGUGGAAGGUGAACAUGAUGGCCGGGGUCUGCCUCCUAUGGUGUCGGAGCAACCAACGGAGUCGUUGAAAAAGAAGCGUCAGCAGAGUCCAUUUUUGACUGGUGUGAACUCCGCAGAAACUUCACGUGCUGUUUUUGGAAAGUACUCUGAAUUUCUAACAAAACAGCUGACCACAGUCAAAGACUUCAUAAAGAAGGACCUGAUAGGAGGUCUUCGAGGUACGAUCGAGGGCGUUCAAGGCCUGGUGCCCAUAGCAACGUCUUCCCUGACACAGGUCUUGCCUCUCCCUGAUUACUACCAGGCCUUGUUUGACACUACUUUCAAUACUGUUGAUGGACUUUCGGUAAUCGCUGAAGCUACAGGAGACGCGCUGUUCAACUUUCCUGCGUACGAGAGUGUGAAAGCGUGGAGUUCUGGUAGCCCAGCUUACCUGUACAGCUUCGAGCAUGUGGGUAACCUAAGCAAAGGAUCGUAUUUCUUGCCCGGCGACCCACUAGCGGAUGAUACAAAUAGCAAGAACAGUAGCAUUAAAGGACGAAACGCUCAAGUUUCCAAAGGGCCAUCACAUGGAGAUGAACUAGCGUACAUAUUCCAACCACUUGAUGCUGAUGGUAAACCAAUAGUACAGAAAGUGUCUAGCACCGAUAGUCGUGUUAGAGAGAAUUUCUUGGACAUAAUAUCAAAUUUUGCACAUAAUCUUAAACCCAUGGAUGAAAAAAACAACAAAACAAAACUGUUCGGGGUGCUUCCUUUCUCCAAAGACAAUGAGCAAUUUAUUAAAAUUAAGGAAGAUGUUACACUGGAUAAGAAGUUUAGGUUCUGCCAAAUGGGCCUAUGGGGUAAUAUGGCAGAAAGGAUAACAGACGCAUUGUGUAAGAAUCUUAUUGCAAAGGUGUUAGAUAUAUCUAAGUUGCCGUUGCCUUUGCAAGUGACUACUCCGAAUUUGCCUUUGAACAAUAUGCCUUUAGUUGGUGGGCUGGUUGGUCUCGGUAAAACCUCUCAAACAACAGAAUCUGUAAAACAUGUAGUGCAGGUUACCAAAACCCCAUCAAACUCCAAAUCAAGUGGUGGUGGUGGUUUGGGAUCACUCUUUGGUGGACUGUAAUUCGUAAUACAUUAAUGACUAAUGUAAUACGCUGACUGAUGCCAGUGGUUGGAAAAGGUGUUCCACAUACACAAAUAGAUACAUGUAUAGAUAUAGCAACAAGGAGCGACGUAGUGUUGUUAAAACCAUCAAAUAUUAAUUAAUCCUUUUUACAUUUAAAUUAAAGUCACAAUAAUCAUUAUAAAUACUCCGAAAUCCACUCCGAGUGCGUGUGAGUACCUGCGAGUGCGUGUGAGUACCUCGCAGACACUCACAGGCACCCCUGUGAGUGCGCACUCGCGGACUCGUACGCACGCUGGCACUUGCAGGUUAUACUAACCACAUUAACUAACCACAAUUCUAAUGCACAUUUAGUGCAUUAGAAUUACUUUAAAAUCCAACUUCGACUAUUUAGGUUAGUAGUUUUGUCCGAAGCAGUAAAACCAUUUCCGGAAAUCCGGAAUUCGAAAAAAUCAAUUAAUUAAUAUUUGGUAGUUUUGACAAUUCUAUGUCGAUCCUUGUAGCUGUAUGUAUCUAUGUAUGUAAUGUGGAACAUCUUUUUCCGACCAUUGCUGAUGACUAAGAUACAUUAGUCAUUCAUGAACAAUGAACAUCUUGCUUUACUUUUAUUUUAAAUGAAUGAAUAAAAAAAUGUAGGCACUUGUUUGCGUACUUAUAAGCUGUUUCUUUAAUUAUCUAUAUUUUGUUUACGUGAUACAGUUUUUUAAUGUUUCGUUGCGACUCAUACUCGAAUGGAAUAAUUCAUUAAUAUUAUAUAGCACAAAUUCACACGUUAUUGUUUAAGUGUUUGUAUUUGGUUGGCAUCAAAAUGGAUACACCUAAUUUGUAUAUUUGCAAUUUGUAUUUAGGCUAGUACAGUGGUGGUGUAUCAGUAUAGAUAACCAUAGUCCGUGUAGAUAACGUACGUACAUGCAGGUACUUCAAUCUUACAAAGUUUAAUGACAUGUUGCACAUACCUACUCGAAAAUAUAUACCUAAAAGAAUAGUCGAUAGGAGUCACAGGGUCGUGUACGAGCUGAUAUAACCUAUAAUAAAAGCACAUAGUAUAGGUAAAUAUGUGCUUAUAAUGUAUUUUUAGUUUUUAUUAACAAAAUGUGUCAUCUAACAUUUCAUACCAAAGUUAAAUGUACUGAUUACAGAAUUAUGUACCGAUUUACACAUCUUCCAUCUAUACGCACAUUUUAUCAGUAAUAUACAUUGACCUUUAAUAUACGUUAAUUUGGACUAAAUUAUAUCUAUAGUUAUUAAAGCGAUGUCGACUUGAGCCCGUUAGAAAAAGCUUAUGUACAUGUAAUAGGGCCGAAAAGGACAAUGCGGCUUUCGCUUCCGUGCGGACUGCCUUUAUUACAUGUUACCCAAAGCGUUUUUUAAACAGCAUAAUGAGAUUCCGUGACGUUGAAUGUGUUGACUCCCUAGUGUGUCCAGUUAUCGGUUAUAAAAAGCGUUUUCCUCACAGUUCAGGUUUUUAAUAUAAUUAAAAGAUUGCAAGGCCAUUUAUGUAUCUGCUUUCUCAGAGUGUGGUUGUAUGGACGAUAUUGAAUCGCCCUGUGAGUUUUGUUUACAGUUUGAAGUUGUUACCCGAUGAUUAUAAGUACAUACAGGUGUGUAACCAUUAUAGUUAAAAUCACUUGUCGACAUCGUGCCUUGCUGGAGACUAUAACAAGCGGUAAUUGCCCUAACGAAUUAGUGUUAAACUUGACAUAGACGAAAAACCAGUAAAAAUGGCGAGAUUGUUCUUAGUAUUGUUCGUCUGUUUUCUGUUUAUUGGAGUAAAUGUGAACAGUCGCCUUCUUAAAUCUGAAGCAAUUCGUGUGGUAGCUGACAACUCACAGCACGACGACGAGCUUAUGAUACUACUAAGUGAAUCUAGCAAUGAUGGGGACAAUCUAUUACAAAUGCAAAGCCUGGAUCACGUUGAUGAAGUCAAGAAAUGUGCUGUCGUUGGAGAAUUUUGUAUGAAUAACUCGGACUGUUGCUCCAAUUUAUGCCUCGGAUUUUUGAAAAGAUGUGUUUCUGGAUACAUAUUACGUCAUCUUUAUUAUAAUUAAGUAGUAUUGUUCUACGAAAUUACCGUUACAUUUCGAAGUUUUAUAUAAUGUUAAUCUUAAAAUAAUGAAAAAUAUAUAACGUCUAUUUAGAUUUUCGAUCCGGAUGAAUGGUAUGUCUAUGAUGUGUUAGGUCAGGGGGAUUGACACCGAAGUGUUGAAUCUCCUUCAUAGCAUCUUCUGAUGUCUUCCAUAACUCAGGAUAGUUUCGAUUGAAUUCAUUGUACCAAUUAUGAACCUGCAAAUUACAAAUUACUAUAAAUAAGCACAAUAUUCUUUUUCUCUUACCUUUUCUUAUGGCGCUUCUUAUUAUAGCGUCACCAAUUCGCGGAUCAACAAAUAAAUGCUUUGUUCUCGCUAAAUAUUAUAGCAAUGACUAAGCAAAGAAUACUGACGCAAAGCUGACUAAAUAAAGAUGU